GUGUGCGCAUGCGCAGAUGGGGGGCGUAUUUGUUUAGCUUGACCCUCUUUUUUUUUUUACUGUUAUGCUUUUAGUAAUCAUCGAAAUGGAGCCAGUGAAACGCCAGCAGGUGCGACGGUUCUGAGUGACCUUUUGACGGCCUACAAGAAGACAAAGCCAUGGGGAAUACAAGCAGUGAGAGGGCUGCUCUGGGCCAUGGGGAGAAGGCCCAACGGAGAGACAGCCGGGGAAUCAAAGACGGGGAGAGGCCCAAAAUCCUCAUGGACAGCCCAGAAGAUGCAGAUAUCUUUCAUGGAGAAGACAUGAAGGCUCCUCUUGAGAAGGAGGAGUUCCUUGCAUGGCAGCAGGACAUUGAAGCAGAAGAUAAAGACCCAGCUGUAGACAGACCAACAGUUUUUCGCUGGACAGGGGAUGGAAAAGAGGUCUACAUAUCGGGAUCUUUUAACAACUGGGCAAAUAAAAUCCCCCUCAUCAGAAGUCAGAAUACAUUUGUGGCAAUUGUGGAUCUACCUGAGGGAGAACAUCAGUACAAGUUCUAUGUAGAUGGCCAGUGGACCCAUGACCCAACAGAACCUAUUGUGACCAGCCAGCUUGGCACCGUUAACAACAUCAUCCAGGUGAAGAAAACAGACUUUGAGGUUUUCGAUGCUCUGAUGGUGGAUUCACAGAAAUCUUCUGAUGUUUCAGACCUGUCCAGCUCUCCCCCUGGUCCAUAUCAUCAGGACUCUUAUGUUCCUAAACAGGAUGAAAAAUUUAAGUCUCCGCCGAUACUCCCCCCUCACCUCCUCCAAGUCAUCCUCAACAAAGACACCGGAAUAUCUUGUGACCCUGCAUUACUUCCAGAGCCAAAUCAUGUUAUGCUCAAUCAUCUUUAUGCUCUUUCAAUUAAGGAUGGGGUGAUGGUCCUGAGUGCGACACAUCGCUAUAAGAAGAAGUAUGUCACUACUUUAUUGUAUAAACCCAUCUGAUGGACUCCUGUUCCCCUCAGCAGUGUGUGUGCUAACUGUACACCAAGUGUGCAAGAUAUUUCUUCCAAGCUUUUCUUUUUCUUCCAUGGAAUAUGAAAUUAGACAAAACUUGUCUUAUACCCAGUGCUGUUGUUACCUUUUUACUCUAAGUUGAGUUGAGAUGAAGGAAGGACUUAGAAAUAUUUGAUUUUUAUAAAAUGUAAACAUAAUCACUCCCACAAAUGUUAAUGCUUUUCAGUUAGAAAGAUAAAAUAGUAUGAAUAAUGAUAUUUUAUAUAAAUAUGCUUUGAGAGGUCAUAUUAUUUAUGACAUCUUCUUAUGCUUUAUCGAUUUCUGAGAUUAGCAACGCUAUAUUCUGUUAUAGCUGAACUUGUUACAGAGGUGCUUUAAAAUGUAUAUGAAAUCAGUUCAACAUAAAUUAUUAAAGCACAACCUCUUUUUUUUUGCUUUCAAAGAGUUUUAAAUCCUGAGGCUAGCAUUUAAUCAAAAGGAGAAAUCGAUGUGUCAGUGUUUUCAAUCUAUGGGAAGACAGACAGGUACAGAUUGGCAUAAUGAAGGAACAUCAAAGUCUUCACAAGCAGCAAAGUAGAUUACUUAGAACCUUAGACUGAGAGUUGUUCAAUCUUAGGCUAAAGCCUCUGAUCUGUUUUUUUUUUUGUAUCACUUCUAUACUCCACUGACUUAAGAAUUGUGAGCGAUCGGCCAUUUCUACUGACUUGGAUCCAGCCCCCUCAAAAGUAAGAAUCCAAUACCUUCGGAAAGAAGCCAUGCGUAGGUUGAAUGCUCAAAGCAACACAGUGAGCAAUACUGCGAAGGUUGCACAAAGUAAACCCACUAUUCUCCAAAGAGAUUAUUGCUUGUUUGUGCUGUUUGUUAAAAUUUGCAUUGACACAUAAAACAUAAAACCGUAUAGUUUAAAGACAAUAUUCCCUCUGCUUGAGAAGAGAAAGGAAAGAAAAACCAAAGCAGAUGAUUAAUCGACAAACUGAGAAAAAU